AUGAUAAACAUGAUGAAUAACGUGGAGUGUGAGCAUUCCCAGCUGAGCCUGUUUCUGAUCACGGCUGUUCUUGAAGGCAGAUGUUCUGUCCCUGGGCUUGUACUGUGUUCUGAGGGCUUCUUUGCUGUUCCUCUGCAGAGCAUUGUCUCGAAGAACUCCAUGCAGUACCGAGGGAACUCGCAGCACGAUGCACAGGAAUUUCUGCUCUGGCUGUUAGACAGAGUUCAUGAAGACCUGAACAAUUUAGUGAAAUACAAUGGCAGACCUCCAUUGAAGCCACCGUUGGAAGAUGCUGCGCUGCUCGAGGUACCAGGCUUUCCAAUCAGUAGCACUUUCAUACAGGAACUCUUUCAAGCCCAGUACAGGUCCUCUCUGACGUGCCCUCAUUGUCAGAAGCAGAGUAACACCUUUGACCCUUUCCUCUGCAUCUCUCUGCCAAUUCCUCUGCCUCAUACACGACCUCUGUAUAUCACUGUGGUGUAUCAAGGGAAGUGUUCGCAUUGCAUGCGCAUCGGUGUGGCAGUGCCUCUGUCUGGAACAGUGGCGAAGUUGCGCGAAGCAGUAUCCAUGGAAACCAAGAUACCCACUGAGCAGAUUGUGCUGACGGAGAUGUACUACGAUGGGUUCCAUCGCUCCUUCUGUGACACUGAUGACCUGGACACACUUCAGGACAGUGACUGCAUUUUUGCCUUUGAGACCCCUGAGAUAUUUAGGCCUGAGGGGAUCCUUAGUCAGAGAGGAAUUCAUGUGAACAAUAACCUGAAUAACUUGAAAUAUGGCACUGACCACCACAGAACAUCAUCUUAUACACAAGGGGCGGUGAAGUCUGGGAAACAGGAAACCUCUACUCGCUCAGCAGCCAGUGACAAGAUUGUAUUGCUGGUCUGCAACAGAGCAUCUACCGGACAGCAGGGGAAAAGGUUUGGCCAGCCCUUUGUGUUGCACCUGGAGAAAACAAUUGUGUGGGAUCUCCUCCAGAAGGAAAUCCUGGAGAAGAUGCAAAAUAUUCUGCGGCCCUCAGCCUGCAUUCAGGUGUGUCCAUUCAGCUUGCGGGUGGUUAGUGUUGUGGGCAUAACAUACCUAUUACCUCAGGAGGAACGGCCCCUCUGCCACCCCACUGUGGAACGGGCACUGAAAUCAUGUGGACAGGGUGGAACUGCUCAUGUGAAGUUGGUGGUAGAAUGGGACAAAGAGACUAAAGAUUAUUUGUUUGUGAACAUGGAGGAUGAGUACGUCCCAGACUCCGAAAGUGUCCGCCAGCAAAGGGAGCUUCAUCACCAGCCUCAGUCCUGCACUUUAUCUCAGUGUUUCCAACUUUACACCAAAGAGGAACAGCUUGCUCCAGAUGAUGCAUGGCGCUGCCCCCAUUGCAAGCAGCUGCAGCAGGGGAGUAUUACAUUGAGCCUAUGGACUUUACCCGAUGUUCUCAUCAUACAUCUAAAGAGGUUUAGACAGGAAGGAGACCGAAGAAUGAAACUGCAAAACAUGGUCAAGUUCCCUCUGACCGGCUUGGAUAUGACCCCUCACGUCGUCAAACGCAGUCAGAGUAGCUGGAGUCUGCCAUCUCACUGGUCCCCAUGGAGACGACCCUACGGUCUUGGAAGGGAUCCCGAGGAUUAUGUCUACGACCUGUAUGCGGUGUGCAAUCACCAUGGCACUAUGCAAGGAGGGCACUAUACAGCAUAUUGUAAGAACUCUGUAGAUGGCUUGUGGUACUGCUUCGAUGAUACUGACGUGCAGCAGUUGCCAGAAAAUGAAGUCUGCAAGCAGACUGCUUAUAUCCUCUUCUACCAGAGGCGCACGACGAUCCCAUCCUGGUCGGCUAACAGCUCUGUGGCAGGCUCUACAAGCUCUUCUCUGUGUGAACACUGGGUGAGCCGGCUUCCUGGCAGCAAACAGCCCAGCAUCGCCUCAGCAGCUUCCUCCCGACGCACCUCUCUGGCCUCGCUGUCCGAGUCGGUUGAGCUGACUGGGGAAAGGAGCGAAGAUGAUGGGGGAUUCUCGACUCGACCCUUUGUAAGAAGCGUCCAGCGUCAGAGUUUGUCUUCUAGAUCCUCUGUCACCAGCCCUCUGGCAGUAAAUGAAAAUGGCGUUCGGCCAUCCUGGUCGCUGUCUGCGAAGCUGCAGAUGCGCUCCAACUCUCCUUCACGCUUCUCUGGAGACUCCCCUGUGCGCACUUCUGCCUCGACACUGGAGAAGAUCGGGGAGGCUGCUGCUGAUAAAGUGUCCACCUCCUGCUUUGGCAGCUUAAGGAAUCUCUCCAGUAGUUACCCGGAACCAAGUGACAGCAGCAGCAGGCGAGAACAUAGGACUGUGGGCAGAGCCCCUCUGGCUGUCAUGGAAGGGGUGUUCAGAGAGGAAUCUGCUGCAAGGAAAUCAAAUUCUGCUUUCAUGGACCCAUAUGGGAAAAGCUUGGUGCAAGCAGACAGGAGCCAUCUGGCUCUGGACCCUUUUGAUAACAACAAUCAAAUUGCUUUUGUGGAUCAGAGUGACUCUGUAGAGAGUUCUCCAGUCAAAGAGGUGAAAGCCCCCAGUGGGACAGGGCUGCUCUCCGAGAAGGCAGAUGGCACUCCCAAGAAGGCUCCCAGCUCCAAAGGCAUUUCUGAGCCAGAUAAAACUUUGAGGAAAGGAAGGACAGUCUUGUCUAGCCAAGAAUCCCCAAUUUCUCACCCCUCUCCUGCCUCUGCCCCUCCUUUAAAGACCUCUCAGAAGGUUUCCCGUUCCAGAAGCAAGACGGAUUCUUCCAGGGCCAGUGGGCGACAUGCAUCUCCUGCUUCUGGCCAGACUAGAAAGGAAUCUGGCGCCAAACUCCAGGAAAGCCGGGCUUUGUCAUCGACUCAACAGAAACACAAGUCAGUUUCUUCCCCAUCCUCCACAGCUGCCAAGAAAACCACUUCGGGGUCAGUGACACGGGGGCCCUCUGCUGGGAAGAGCCUCAGCAGGGAGGGCUCCAAGGUAAGCCUUGGCUCGGAUAAGACCAGUGUCACUUCCAGCUCAAGAACCAGCUCUCCUCGGAUAAGCCAGCCUAGAAGCGAGAGCAGAGCAAUGGACAGCAAGCAUGUGCGGAGCAACUCUAUGGCCAGCCUGAGGUCCCCAAGCAUCAGCAUGCGUUCCGGUUUAAAGAGGGACAGCAAGUCGGAAGAUAAAGGGCUGUCUUUCUUCAAAUCAGCCCUGAGGCAGAAGGAGACCCGACGGUCGGCUGAUCUGGGAAAGACUACAAUGCUUUCAAAAAAGACUGCAGGUGGCUCCUCCAAGCCAGGCAGUAAAAAUGUGGCCGAAGACAAGUCAGAGAAGAGCAGCCUCCCACCAUCCUCUCAUGCAAACCCCAACAUUGCUGCGAAAGAGAAGCUUGCCCUCAAAGAUGCCAUGCCCAGCAAACAUUCUCUGCUGUCCAGCCGCAAAUCCAAGUCUUCCCAGAUAGACCCCGGAGUGCAGUCUCCUUCCAGUGACAAACAGUCUGCUGACAAGUCAUUGAAAAAGUUACCUUCCAGCAUGCACAUGUCUGCACGGCCUUCUCCGAAACCUCAGUGAGAUGCUGCAAUCCAGGUGUUUUUUUCUUCUGCUGAGAGCUAAUUUAUUCUGAGUUCUUGUUGUUGUUUUUUUUGUUCAUGUGCCUAAUGUGUGUUUGAGGAGAACUUAACUGCAAAUUGGUAAAGCGCCUUUUGAUUCUGCCAUCAAACCAAAUAGCCACAGCUGGCCAGCACUGAUUCCAAGUGAAGUCCAGCUGGAGUCAUAGAACAUGAACGCAGCUGUCCCAUAGCACUUGUACAGAAGUCUCUUUAUAGAAAAAUGCAACAACUUUCUUCAGACAGCAGGUUUGAAACCUGUGACCCAGUUAUACUGUAAUUAGCGUGCUUUAUAGAACUGUGAACUAAUAUUCCAUUGGUUUUAGUCUAAGCAGGCUCCAUCUGUGGUGAUGGGUGACCUGGUUCUUGGCUGCAGAAGAUGCUAAGGGACCUGUGAAAAAGAGAGACUGCCGCUUCUUUGCGCUCUCCCCAAUCCCCCAUUUUUCAAGCUUUUUAAAGGGCAAUAUCUCAACACUAAUGUUGUUUCUCAGGUAUAUACUCAGCCAGUAUAGGAGGGUUAGCAUUAGUGACUGGACAGAUCCAAAAGGUACUCCCAUGUAUGUGUGUGCAGAACAGUUUUCAUAUUUUCAUUCCAACAAGCUUAAUUUUUUUUAUAAAAUAUAACUUGCAUUUUGUUGUUGCCAUAUCUGGAGACUCCACUGUCUGCUCCAACUUCCUUCUUCCUUUGAAGAGUUACACUACACAACAGAGAAAAUGACUAGUCGGUUGCCAGCCACUAGCAGUGAAAUGUCCAAGGUGAAAGAUUAUUACAAUGCCUAGAAAGACAGCUGGAAUUCUUAGUCUUGAAUAAUAGUGAAGCUGGUAGGACCCUUAUCAUUAAACCCCUGAGAUUGUUAAACCCCUGAGAAGAAUUUUCUAACACACAUGCUCAGAUGCUUAAUUGGCAUCUCUAUCUGCAGGAGAAGUGAAUAGAUGUGCCACAUGUUCUCUGCUCCCUUUUUGCGUUUUCAGAGUGUGUUUCAACACACCUCUGUAUGGCCAGGCCAAAAUGCUGUGGGGUUGUAUUUUGACCAAUAGUGUAGUCCCACAUUCUUCUCUUCAUUCUACAUUUCUAAUGCUUGCUGACGGGUCCGGCUGCAACAAUGUCUUACAAGACAGGUCUGGUUUCUGAUCAGAUGAGGAAUUCUGUCAGGGUUAAAACACUACAUUGGUAACAUCUUUGCACACACUGUCUCUCUGAAAGGUGGCUUCUCUUCCCUCAAGUCCUUUGAUACACACGUGGCAUUGUCUGUUUUUAUUUCAUAAGCUGAUGAAUUGCAUUCUCAUUUUAAGAAAACAACAAACUGUGUCCUUCAUGUAUGGAAUCGUGUUUUGUGGUAAAUGGUGUAUGAUAGCUCAGUUGUACUGUGUGCACAAAUCAUCUCCAGUUUACAUUAUUAUGUACAUUCAUUCUUUGUCUGUCACAUGAACACUUCUGGCUCUGUGAGCUUAGUGUGUGGACAGACCUAUUUAUUAACCUUUCCUGCUCAGUAUUACAGUAACAAAUGACCCUGGAACAAAUAGUUAUUAUUAAAUAUCCGGUUCAAUCUCCUCUCUUGAACCUGUUGGGAAAGUUGCUCACAGGUCACUGAUUGUGGCUGCUCCUUGAUCACUUACACUUAGCUCAUCUGCAACAAGGUGUUGAGAGAUUUACUUUCAGGGUAGCUUUAUCUUGGUGAUACACAAGACUUGCAUAUACAGCCUCAUACGUGAUUGUGCAUACCACAAAGCUCUGUGUAACCUGCGAAUAUGAACCCAUGUGCAGCGUAACCCACACCAUUCAGUCCAGACCAUAUCCUCUGCAGGACAAGCGUUCUUGAUCCCCAGAAGCAGUGCUAAUAACCUGUAAUGCUUCUCUAUACUCUGCCUGACUUUCCAUGUCGUGGAUUAUGUUUUAAAACCCAAACAUGGCCAUUUUCUCCAUUCAUUCCUGUUCCUAUAUCACACUUAAUGGAGCAAAAAGGGGGCAAGAAGCAUAGAAAAUUGAUCUUAAUUUUGUGAAGCUGGAUUGUUUUGUUUCUUGUACUGUUUCCUGAACAGGCAGGAGUUACUGGGCAUAUUCCUCUAGUCGUAAAUUUCUACCUAAAACUUCUGAUAUUGAAGCAUUAGUUUAAGGCUUUGUCGCCUUGAGAGUGCAAACCAUGGUAUCUCCUUAGUUGCAACAGCUCUUCUAGCAGGAACACCGUUCCAAUAGCCAGUGCUAACAUGGUUGGACCUCUCACUAUAGACUGGGCCUAGUUUGCCACCUCAUUAGAAAGUGUAUCAUUGUGCAAAGUGACCUUAUGGAAUAGCUUCCCCCUCUUGUGCACUCAUUCAUUGAGCAAUUCUUGUAUUACAUACAGCUGAAAGUUGGUUUAGGGUUUCCAAGUGGUAGCUUUACUUCUUGUGUUCACUGCCUUAUUGAAGCAGAUUUGCAGCAAUGACUGAAAUUGUGUUGUAGACCAAUGCUAAUCCAGUGUGCUGGUGCCGUGUGGUGAGUUUGCUAUAUAGACAUAGGCUGCAGCACCAAAGUGGGAGCAAGAAGUUUGUUGCCAAAUAUUCUAACAGUUAAGAUCAAAAACAGCCAAAUUGCCCCAUUCUGGUAGGUAACGCCAAUCUUUCUCUGGGGUCUGCUGAUAAUCCCUCCUUGGGAAUUCCCACUAGCUCCAAAAUCCUCUCUCUCCUUCCGCAAACUGUCCAAUGAGAGUUGGUACCUGCGCCUUUGAAAGCAGGAUACACAGGACCCUGGCAUCUGGUCAAUCCUGCCCAUCUGAAGUUUUUAGAACAUCACCCUCUUCCCAUUAAUUUUCAUCUCGGGGGAAGAGUGUAAAAACGAAAUCUCUCCUUCAAGUGAGUGACAUGCUGUUCUCCUGUGGCAGACUGCCUGCACUUCUGCGUAGGCUGAGCCAUACAACAAAUCACUUCAGUUUAUAUAGGGCAGUGGAUUUCUGUUGGUGGUCUCAUAAAGGGCACAACAAAGUUAAUAAAAUAUGAUGGCUGUGACUCUUAACAGUAACUAGAACUGGAGCUGUGUCUUUAUGGGCAGAUGAAACACUAACACAAAACUAUCUGGAAAGUGUCGCGGUCGUUCACUGCUUUCCUCUGCAUCCUCUGCCCUUGGGUUCUAUUCAUAUCAAUAGAAUGUGAAAUUCUGGGGAUAUGUGAUGCUUGACCUGGUGGUGGCUCCAGAAAAGAACCACCCUGAAUAUGAAUCUAAGCCAAGCAUCUGUCCUGUUAGCCCUGACUGAACCAGUUAUGGGGAGUAGAUUUUUCUAGGGCCAUCUGCAUGAUUUUGGAGGCUUCUCAGUGAGAUGAUUUGGGGAGGAGGGACAUCAUCUCAAUCUCUUUCCCUCACUUCCCCAUCAAUCCGUUUUCUCUCCUGUCUACAAGAUGAGAGGAAGGGAAAGCAGUUGGUGUGUGCUGUUGUCCAACACAACAGUUCGACCCCAAAUUAGGGGUAUCCCCAGUAUGGGGUCCCUUUGGCUGUGAGUUUUGCAAGUCCUAAAAGCCAGGUCUGGCAGGGAUUUAUGUCUUAGUCCUUAAAGGUCUUGGACUGCCCUGAAGCAGUGACCUAUACCUGGUUUACAGUAACUUAAUUUAGCUUUGGCUCCCAGAGCAGCUCAUAUCUGAUGUAGAAGAGAUGCAAUCUGGGGGGAUGGCAGGACCCAGGAUGCCAUUCUGAUCUCAUGGGUUUGUAUGCUGGGUCCCGUAGUCCUCAUGCCUGCAGCUCUGAAUUAAAGACAAGUGGCUGUAACCCUGCUCCAUUUUAUUAGUCAAGGGAGCCUUUGGGCUUCUGUUGAAUUGCCAGUGUAGCCUUUAGUGGGGCCGAGUCUGGUCUCCAGCUUGUUUAGCUCACAGGUGAGAUCCUGCAAGACCAGAGACUGAUGAACUGGAAGAGAAAGUUACAGUACUAGAUGUGAGAGUCCUUUUGAGUAGGGAAUUCCAGUGCUAGCCCUGUCUUUGAAGUUCCAGCAGAGCCACACAGUCCUCGGAGGAGAAGGGAGAGAGUUAGUCAUCUGAAGAGCUUAAUAGAUGGUUAUAGCCAUCUGUGGGUGGGCCUGGUGUGAAUUAAUUCAUUUCUUAAACUGUGGAGAUUAAAAUGUCUCUAGUUACUCGCUUCUAAUCCUGAUGUCUUGCCCUCUGAUUGCAGAAGAGCUGAGCUUUCAUUCCAUAGUUAGACUCUUGCUAGAGCCAUUUGAAGAAAUUAUUUUCACCCUUCUGGGCAAGGUUUUUUGGGAAGUAUUUAGUAGUAUGUGAACUAGAAGUACCUUUUCAAUGAAAUGUAUUUAUAGAGGCACCUUGUACUUUGGAUUACUUGCAUUUGAUGGACAAACUGGUGCCUCCAAUUCUUAAGGGUGAUAGGUGUCUCACUUUGGAUGGAUGUACAAACUUUUAACCCUUUCAAACUUAGGCGAUCUGUAUGGCUAAGUCAAAAACCACAUGCUUUAGGUAGAAAACUAACCGCUUAAUUACAGUACAUUUAGCCCAUUACAAGUUCUCUGGUCUCUACACGCAGAGCUGUCUCCUUGUCGCAACAGAAAUUGAAGCAUGACCAACCAUUUUUUCUAAGAAACGAAGACCGUUUUUGCAUGGCAAUUCUUGCUGUAUCCUGACUGCAUGCACUUAUUAACUAUGCAAGCAUUAAUAUGAACUAUAGAUUGCACUGUCAGUAUCACAAGCUACUAGGUAGACUCUGGAGCUCUGUUUUUGAAUCUGUAGUUUUAUUUCCCAAUGCGGCUGCAAGUCAGCACAGAAAGUAUCAAGCACCAGAGAAGAGCAUGUAUCUGAUUUCUUGCUUUAUUUGCACAUCUUUGAUUCUCUUUCCUUUGCAGAAUUUUGGAUUACUGACAAGACUGCAGUGUAGAGUAAAGUCAGAAAAGAAUUUGAAGUGUUGAAAUGAGAACAAACUGGUUUUCUAUAUAUUUUUUUUAAACUGGAAUAGCCUGACUCUGUUAUGUUCUGUAUGUAGCCUGCCAUGUUCUAUAUGGUUUUAAUGACACGUUCUGUACGUCAUGUUGUGAGACAAGGAGGUUGCCUGUAGCAGUGUUGACAGUCUAAAAGAGCUUUUGUAGAAUUUCAGUGCUGUCUAAGGGAAUGGUUACCAGCCAUUGGCACAUUGCCUACGUAGCACAGCAGGCUUUGGUGACUGGGACCGUAGGUUCCUCCUGAAUGAUGAGCUUUUGUCCUAGGCCCUGCUGUUCACUGGCUGUCUACACUCCGCUGUGUACCUCAUGCUAUGACCACCACGGAGCUUUGCUUUCUCCAAGCCUCAGUCUUGUGCGAGUGCAGGCUCCAUGAUGGGUAGAGCGUGCACAGCCUAAUGGGAGCAUCAUGGGGUUGGCUGAGGUCUUAGCUUGGUACAGUUGCCUGAGGAGAUUGAGAACAGCUGGUCUAAGGGACACUGCCCUCUUAAUUCAAAGAUGGGUUUCAAGACUUCUUGAGGGAUCAGGCCUUUUAUUACGAAAAAUUAAAGAGCCACAAUGAAACGUGUUUAUAAUUUUUCUGGAAAACGGAAUGUGACCCCGAUAGGAGAUAUUCCCUCUUAUACAAACAUCUUUCCCAUCGCCAACAAUCCAGUCAGUCACUGGUCACAUGUAGGACAUACUUAUCACCCCCACUUCUUUGUGGCAUCUGUUCCAGGACCCUUUUUUCUCAGUUGGACAGCACUUAUAAAGAACGUUUGUUUUGAAAUGACAUUCCAAAUCAUUUUACAGUAAUCCUCUUUAUCUUUGCUGUCAUUUGCCUACUAAUCCGAAAUAAUUUGGCAGUAUCUCAUGUUAUCUGUGGAGGCAACUGAAAUUUAGUUUUAAUCUGUGGUGAGAUGAAAGUGCUACAUGAUUUUCUUAAUAAAAGCACCACAAAGCAUUUGUUACCAUUGGGAGCUUUAUUUUGCAGAAUAAAGGUAAAAUGAAGAUUCCUACAGUAUCUUUCAGGUUUUUGAAAGCUUAGUGGCUUUUUAAAAAACCCCGCUAACACCCAGUAUAUCUGCAAAUAGUGUUUAAAUGGCACAGAUUAAAACUAGGUGCAAACAUACAUUCUGUUCCACUCUUAAGGCCCUGCAGCACAAACACUUUUCAAGAAAGCUUGUGUUAGGAUGCAGCAUUUGUGCAAUGCAAUAUGGGAAUGUUUCUAGGUGCUAUACAGCCUUGGGUAGUAUUAAACACCAGGAGAUAUAGGCUACACAUGGCUAGAACACUUUCUUGUGGCCUUCCGAGUAUACAGGUUUGCUCACCAACUGUGCCUCACCAUUGGUUAAAAUUGAAUUUUAAGUCCCGUUACAAAUGCAGUUUCUCUUCUGGUCACCAAAUUUCAGAUUUUAACUGGAAUAUCUACAGUUCUAAAAGCUGCAUGUCAUAUCACUGUACACGGAUACUGGGCAGUGGGGAUCACCCCACCUUUGAUACUCUUCUGUAUUUUAAUGUUUUUGAACUGUACAGUAAUCUGGAAAGCAGGCUGUCUUUACUUGGGGUUGAACAUUGUACCAUAAAAACUUUUAAAUUAUUUGAGGACAAGUGCAUGAGACUGUGAUGCCUUUUAUUAUUUAUUUGUAUGUUUUAUUAUUCGAGGUGUAUGCACUUUUAAUAUGCAGAAUUUAUAUUUUUAUGUUAAAAGAUCAUUUUCUUUCAGAAAGAAGAGCUUUGAAUACAAGGAAUUGGAAUUAAGUGGAAAAAGUGGGAAAAUGUAAUAAAAUACAAUAAAUUUAUUACCAUGCA